AUGUUUGCCUCUGUCCUCGCACCUCUUGCACUUCUCGCGCCUCUCGCGGCCGCGGAGAUCAUCGUCAACGUUGGAGUGAACAACUCUCUGUUGUUCGACCCUCCGCAAGUGUUCACCGAGCCCGGCGAGACGAUUACUUUCGUCUUCCACUCGAACCACACCGCGACGCAGUCGACGUUCGCCAACCCGUGCACACAACUCGAUGGAGGGUUCAACACCGGCUUCUUGAGCAACAACCAGAGCGCGAGCGUGCGGGUAAACGGCACAGACCCCAUCUGGAUGUACUGUGCCGUCGGCAUGCACUGCGAGUAUGGCAUGGUGUUCGCCGUAAACCCGACGCCGAGCCAGCCUUACGACUUCUUCCACGCCAAGGCCGGUCUGCUCUUGAACGCCACCACGGCUGCGACGAACGCGACGAACGCAACGUCUUCGACUGUGGUACCGGCAACAUCGCCCACUGCGGGCACCUUCACGUUCGCCACCGCCACCGCCGCGACGUCUGCUGCGACCGAUGCCGCCACGACUGUCGCCACUGAUUCGGCCGCAUCUGCCGCGACGUCUGCUGUAGCUUCCGCUGCGGCCUCUGCCGCUACCGACUCCGCGAGCGCUGCGACCUCUGCGGCAUCCGCUGCAACGUCGGCCGCACCCGCGACGUCCGCUGUGACCGCAGCUGCCACCAGCGCAGCGACCUCCGCGGCGGCGGCGACGGACAGCGCAGCGACCUCUGCCGCCGCUGCGACUGACAGUGCUGCCGCGACCACCUCCGCCGCCGCCAGCCUCGGUGCCGCGCCGCGCGUCGGCCUCGCAGGUGCUUCUGAUGCCGUGACAUCUUUCGCGUCUGCUAGCGCUUCCGCCACCGAUGCUGCUUUCGCCGCUGUCACGACGGUGGCGGGCGAGACUCCCGUCGUCAUUGUCGCUGAGCAGGACACGGAGGUCCCGGACAAGCGGAGGUGGAUGCAGCGCGAGGUCGCGUUCUCUCGUUGA